AUGGACCCGAAGGUUACCUUGGAAAACACCGAAAGCUCAUGCCAACUGCUAUGGAACGAUGUGUCUGGGGGAAUGGAGAUGGAUCAACUAUGCCGGUUCUCUCCUAUAAUAUAUGCGAAUUCUUGCUUUUAUCGGUUACCUGCUCAGGUAUACAAUACUUCAUUGGGGAAAAUUGGUGCAGCAAUUUGCUGGGAAAAUUAUAUGCCAAUGUAUAGGAUGACUCUUUACAAUAAAGGGAUUGAAAUUUACCUUGCAUGUACAGUAGACGAUCGUGAUGUAUGGCUCUCUACUAUGCGAACAAUAGCACUUGAGGGCCGAUGUUUUGUAAUCUCAGCAGCCCAAUUCUUGAAAUCAUCCGAUUAUCCGGAGAAUCAUCCAAUACGGGAGAAACAUGGACUAGAUAAGGUGCUGAUUAGAGGAGGUUCUUGUGCUGUUGAUCCACUGGGAACAGUACUUGUACAGCCAGAUUUUACCAAAGAGCUUAUACAUUAUGUGGAUGUCAAUUUGUCGCAAAUUGCACGUGCUAAAAUGGAUUUGGAUACUGUAGGCCAUUAUAGUCGACCCGAGGUGUUCCAACUAAUCGUUAAUGAGAGGUCGUUUGAACCUGUCGUCCGAAGAACAGAUUGA